AUGAUAAUGGCGAAUGAAGGAGAGAAAGGACGAAUACCGUCAUCGGAAGCUGCCGAGAAAGAGCGAUUGCUGAAGCAUGAAGAAGCCGCGAAGGCACUGGGAAAACCGAAUCCUGAUGAUUUGAAAAUUCAUUCCAGCACACUUAGCAGUCACGAUUCGUUCAUUCGUUUCUACAGUAAAUUGGCACUAGCAUAUGCCAAGGAGUUAAGUUUGCUUGUAAGCAAAGAGAGAGUCAUCGACGGCCUUGCCAGCUGGUGGUUAUUAUUGGCAUUUGUUACCACUCAGGAUGCCUCUUGA